AUGAUUUACCUAAUGACCAAAAAAAACUCACAAGCAGGAAGUCGAUCCCGUUCUCGGAGUCGUUCUCCACGCUCGGUGUCAGGCACGCGCUCUAGAAGUCGCUCUUACUCUUCUUAUUCUUCAAGAAGCCGUUCACGAUCUUACUCUAGAAGUAGAUCACGUUCUUUAUCAUAUUCACGUAGUCGUUCUCGCUCACCUUAUUCACGUAGAAGGCGUUCUUUGUCCCCACUUCCUACAAAGAUUUUGGUUAAUAAAUUGACAAAAAAUGUUACGGAUGCACAUUUGAACGAAAUAUUUGGAGCGUUUGGACGAAUUCAUCGGCAAUCGAAUAAAGGAACAGCUUUUAUCGAUUACGAAACUAGGGCUGAAGCAGAACGAGCGAUUAGUUAUAUGGAUGGAGGUCAACUUGAUGGUUCAGAAUUAUCUUGUACAUUUGUGCCUCGUCGUCCGAUUUCUCCAUUACCGCCCAGACGCAGAGGUAUAGUGGAAGAUUCAACUCUCCUCCUCAGCGUCGUUUUGCGGCGAGUAGCUAUCGUGCUCGCGGUAGAUCUCCAUUGCGUCGCUAUUCAAGAUCACGAUCAAGAUCGCCACCAAUACGUCGAAGACGUUCUUAUUCAUAUAGUUCUUAUAGUUCGCGGAGUAGAUCAAGAUCACCUUAUUCCAGAAGUCGUAGUAGAAGAAAGUCUUUUGAAUUUACCGUGUAUACGAAAACUGUAG